AUGGCUACUUCGCCGCAUGCCAGCCCAACCACCUUGGCUUUGCCACUGGAAGAAAGCUUCAUUGAUGCCCUCCCUACGCAUUGGCUGACCAGCCUGACAAAACUGACCAUUGCCAAGAGGCUUCCCCUGCCAGUUGAAAUCAACCACCUCACGAUCCGCCGUAGCGGGUGGGGAGAUACAGUGAAAAUUGACACACUUUCUCUUGGACACUUGCUCUCUCUCUCUCUCUCUCUCUCUCUCUCUCUCUCUCUCUCUCUCUCUCUCUCUCUCUCUCUCUCUCUCUCUCUCUCUCUCUCUCUCCGUGUGCCUCAGCGACAUUGA